AAAAAAAAAGUAAAACUAUAUAUAUAAGUUCAUUCACAGGCCUGUGUAACAAGUAAUGAGACAUGCAUGUUCUCGACGUGUACUUCACAGACUUCACACCUGCAGUUUUCAAGUGACUUGUCAACCCUGCAAGGAACAAAUUCAAAUUUGCACCUUCCUCUUUCCAUAAAUAAUUGUGCGUUUUCUUAUCUGUGCUCUUCACCACACCCCGUCAAAGUCUGUCUUUAAUCUCUGCUCUCACCGCCUCCUCGGAGGGCUUCAGCGAGCACUUUCUGCAUCACAUGUCAUGCAUCACCCCCCUGCUGUCUCGCUCUCUCACUUUUUUUCUUCUUCUUCUUUUUCUUCUCAGCGCGAACGCUGUUGCACUUGUUCUAACACACCCUAAAUGACACAAGUCAGCCUCUUUGCCAUUCUUCGCUCUCCAGCAACACAAACAGUAUCUCUCACUCACAACUUUGGAAACCAGCAAACGCUCUGAGCGGUCUGCAAAGCUUCCUGUCAUCCCAGUGAACGCAGUAGAGUUUAACAAGGGCAGACUUCCUGUUACAUCUCCAGUAUCCUGAGUAUAAAAUUCACCAAUGGAUCUCCUGAUGACAAGUUCACAGCUGCUUUGAAAGCACCAGGAGUUUGUGACUGUAAAGUUCAGCCUGUAACUGAGACUCCAAACCAUCCAAGAAUUUUUUUUUUCUUUAAUUCAACUGUAACUUCUUCCUAAGGAGGAAUGGACAGCAAAACUACGGUCCUUGUUGUCAUCCUAUUAGUCCUCCUUGUUGCGCUCUUUGUACUGUACAAGAAGCUGAACAGGGAGGCUGAAGGGGAAUAUACAGUCCGACGCAUCAUCUACAAAGAAGGAGGUCUCAGGGACCAGGCGAGAAGUGCAGCGUUAGCUGUGGGGGCACGUCUUGGGGUCCAGCUGUGGCCUGGAAGUGAUGAAGAAGAGGAAGGGGAGGAAAUGCAGGAAGUCCAAGAUGAAGAAGAACAGGUGGAUAGUGGUGGUAGUCAGGGGAGUGACACAGAGGGAGAUGAAGAGGAGGAGGACAACGACACGGACCGGUCUGGUAAUGCUAAGGAGAAAGAAAGUAAUACUUCAAAUGAUAACUCAAGUAUUGGGAGUUCAGAGGCAGGAGAGCAAACCAAACUUAACGAUGAGUCUGAGCCAAAGGGAGAGACGGAGGAUAAAAGUGAAGAAAAGGAGGAGAAAGUGGGAGAAGAGCAGAGUAAAGCUGAGGCAAGUGGAGGGCCGGGAUUGCUGAUAGAUCUAAAGCAGUUCUCUGGAAGCGCGAUCUGGUCUGAAGAAGGUGGUGAGGGUAAAGGUGACGUGACGGCGUUGUGAAAAUCAGAAAUAAUGAAUAAGACUGAGGAAACUGCCAAAAUCAGGAUUUCACAAACACCAGCUUCAUCCCCUAAACGUCUCCCCACUGCAAAUUCCUUCUAUUAGUCUAAAAAAAUUAAAUUAAAUAAAAGAUACAUGCACCCACCCAUUAAACCCAAAGAGCUUUAAACUCUCAUGACCUCACUGACCUCGCUUUCCUCUGGUCAAAUUUUUUUGAUGAAUAAAGCAGUUAUAUAAACAUACAGGGGUGCGCUAGAUUGUAACUGUAAAGUGUAAAAAACCCCCAAUACUUGUCUAUACUUUUUUGCUUUAAAUGUUUAUUUUAAUCUACAUAAGAAAUUGAAAACUGGAAACUUUUUUUUAGUGUUUUCUGUUCUGUUUUUUGUUGUUCUUUAUGCCGUUUGUAGAAAUAAAAAAAGAGUAGUAAUUAAAUAUAGUGAGAACAAAAUAAUGUUUUAUUUGUUUUAAUGAAAAACAAGUGAAUGUAACCCGUCAAACUUUAAGUCAACAUACAUUUUAUAUGCUGUGUAAAUGGUCGAAAAUUUAAUAAACCACAUACUGAAAAUACGAAUGAAUUGUAUACUUUAAAAAAUAUAUAAAACAUGUAGUAAUGCUAUCGGCGGAAGCAUGUGUACAUAGCGUGAUCAUAGCAUGACGAAGCUAAAAUUCUUCCGUGUUUUAUGUUUUUAGGGUUUUAGAGAAAAAACAUGCUAGCGGUAAGCCACAAGUUUCCUGUUGUAUGCAUUAACCGGAGCAAAUACAUAUAAAUAACAAUAUAACUUUCAAUAUUAAUGUCGUAGUCAUACCAAAAUCAGCCACAAUCGGGGUACAGCCAAAAGUUACAGAUAAAUCCUCUCCUUGUCGACUGUUCAGCCAAUGGGGAUGUAGCUCAGUGGUAGAGCGCAUGCUUCGCAUGUAUGAGGUCCCGGGUUCAAUCCCCGGCAUCUCCAAAGAAAUUUUUUUCAACUUUUAUUUCCAUAUAAGUUGUAAAUGUGAUAAAGUGCAAUAUUGUCACAGAAGUCACAGAAGAAGAAGUAAAAAAUUUAAAGCAAUUUAAAGCAAUACGGCAUAACUAUAUCCCAAACACCGUCACCUCAAUGUGUGCGCGAGGUGAGGUACGUUUGCGAUUGGCCCAAAGCAGCCCGUGCUCGAAUGUGAUUGGACGGUGGAUGCCUUGGAGGCGUGGGGGUGUUCAUACACGCGAGUGUCAAACAUUUAUUUUCGCCGGUCCAGUACCUGAUAGUUAAGUGAGAGCUGCUCGAUGGAGGCAUCUUGGAUGAGCCAAUAAGUAAAGCUAACUCCAAACUUAGUGUACCGAAAAUUUAUUAGAGCGAUUAUGUAACACGGACACGGGAUUUUACCUCAUUCUUACAGUGAUAUUGGUGGAUCAAUACUAAACAAA